AGUAUUCACUAAAGGUAAGAGUGUGUCGUGUGUGGACGGUUGUGAAAAAACGCCGAAAAAUGGAACGAAAACUGCACAGUGGAAUACAUCAUCCAACGCUGCGAUUGCUGCAGGAAUCUGGCUGUGAAAUCCUGCCACAUAACCUUAUGUAUCCUGUGUUCAUAGUGAGCAACGACGACGAUGAACAACCCAUUGCCAGCAUGCCCGGAAUUUCGCGCUACGGUGUGAAUCGAUUACGCGAGCAUUUGGAACCGCUGGUUAAGAAGGGAUUAUCCUCCGUGCUGUUGUUUGGCGUAGUGGAAAGCGAACUCAAAGAUGAGCAGGCCACGAAUGCUGACUCCCCGCGUAAUCCUGUGGUGCGUGCAUUGCCCAAGCUACGUGAAUGGUUCCCCGAUCUGCUCAUCGCGUGUGACGUCUGCAUCUGUCCAUAUGCCUCGCAUGGUCACUGUGGCCUGCUUGGAGAUAAUGGGUUGGAGAAUGGACCGAGCAUCAAGCGUAUCGCCGACAUAGCCGUCGCCUAUGGCAAGGCGGGAGCACACAUUGUGGCGCCAUCGGACAUGAUGGACAACCGAGUGAUGGCCAUCAAGCAGGCGUUAAUCGAUGCCAACAUGAACAGCGUCUCGCUGCUGGCAUACUCAGCGAAAUUCGCCUCCAAUUUCUAUGGCCCAUUCCGUGAGGCGGCGCAAUCGGCGCCCGCUUUCGGGGAUCGACGUUGCUAUCAGCUCCCAAGCGGCUCCCGCAACUUGGCCAUGCGCGCCGUGCAGCGUGAUGUGAGCGAAGGUGCCGACAUGCUGAUGGUCAAGCCGGGCAUGCCGUACUUGGACAUCUUGCGCCAGACCAAGGACACGUAUCCCUAUCACACAUUGUACGUCUAUCAGGUGUCCGGAGAGUACGCGAUGCUCUAUCAUGCUGCCCAGGCGGGAGCUUUUGCUCUGCGAGAUGCGGUGCUAGAGUCAAUGAAGGGAUUCAAGCGUGCGGGCGCCGACUGCAUUAUCACGUACUUCACUCCAUAUCUGCUGGACAUUCUAACAAAGUCCGCAUAAGGCCGAAUUCUCUAUCUCCCCUCUCUGUUUCUCUUUGUACUUAUUAAUGUUUAGUUCAUGUCACAAUCUGAAACACCAAAAAUAGUUCAAUGUAUUGCAUUUAGUGCACAAUGAGUGUGAUGUCGACACUUUUCUAUACCCGGUACCUAAAGCAUACUAGGGUAUUAUGAUUUGCGAAAUUGUAACUGGAAUAACGUAAAAAUAUUUCUAAUUAGUCUGUUCACAGAAUUAUUUUUCCACAACUUGUGAACUAUAAAAGCAAGAGCUUUAAAUUUUUGGUAAAAAUUUUCUCAAUACUUUAUGCAUUCUAAAUUUGUUUUACAUUUUGACAAAGUUAACAAAUUUGGUAAAAAUCGGAUAAUAAAUUUAAAAGCAUUUAUCAAAAAAUAAAAUAAUUUAAUGUUUGGGUAAAAUAUAAUAA